CAUUGGCUGCAGUGACGGUAACGCGUGCUUGACAUAGAAGAACAAAUAAUGAAUGCUUUUGUGCAACAAAUAGUGAUUUAUUCAGCUGAGCAAAUGCAGUCUACUGGUCCUGUAAUCAUUACAACAUCAUGCGCACGAAUGCUAGUGCCUGCGAAAUUAUCCUAAUCAUUAAUCAAGCGCAACCUAAACUUUCUUAUGCCGAAGUGCUCUAUCGAUACAAAGAAAGAAGUAAGGAUUUGUUUAAAAAUGCAUCCGCAGUCCUCAAACGAUUCAGUAGUGGUUCAGUGCAUCGAUCAUAACCGUUGUAAACUUCUGCGAAAUGACGACGACGGCCAUGGGUUUGCUAUUCAAGAAUUACAAACAACUGUUCGUCGAGCGAAGAGAUGAACGAAGUCUCCAACUCCCUUUAGCCGGAUCACCAAUACUAAUUCUAGGAUUAGUAGUUGCCUACCUAUACUUUGUACUACGAUGGGGCCCGCGCUACAUGUCCAACCGAAAACCAUAUCAUCUUCGAAACAUCAUCAAGGCUUACAAUUUGAUUCAAGUUAUUGCCAAUAGCAUUCUCUUCCUACGAAUCUUUUAUAAUGUUUUCGUGCAGUACAAUGAAUUUUCGUUUCAUUGCCAAUUGAUCGACUACUCAAGAUCACAGCGGGGGAUGGACGAAGUAUUUUUUAGCUACGCAUACUUUGGGCUUAAACUUCUUGAUCUGGCCGAUACGAUAUUUUUUGUCCUGCGUAAGAAACAAUCACAUGUUUCAUUUUUGCAUGUCUAUCACCACUCGCUUAUGGUAAUCACCACCUACUGUGGACUUAUUUUUGUUCCUGGUGGUCAUGUUCUUAUGCUUGGCCUAUGGAACACGCUUGUACAUGCGGUCAUGUACUUUUACUACUUCCUCACUUCAUUAGGGACAUCGAAAAACAACAUUUGGUGGAAACAACAUCUUACACGGCUACAACUUAUUCAAUUUAUUCAUAUUGCAGUGCAUUUUGGACGUCCACUUUUGUCUGGUGAUUGCCAAUUUCCCACAUUUUGGUUAUGGUACGGAUUUUUACAGGCAAUUUUUGUACUAGCAUUGUUUCUUGAUUUUUAUCUUAAAGCGUACAGUAGCCAACAAACUAAAGCCAAUUUAACUGAAGGCAACAAACAGCAAAUUAUAAACAACCUAAAUCUUAUGAACUCAAAUAAAGUUAAAAGUUAAGGUAAAAAAAUUGCCAAAAGCUAAGAAAAUCUGGAUAAAAUAGUACUAGCUUCGAUUUAUAUUCAUCGCAGUUGCUGUUACAAUUAACAA